UCUCAACAGUGGAUGACCAGGCCAACAGUUAGUAAUUGUCCACCUGGUUUAGAAUACUUGACAACGAUUGACCAACUUUUGGUGAAACAGCAAGUUGAAAUCCUAGAAGCAUUAACUAGCUUCGAAUGUGCUAACAAAUAUAUUAUGAUCAAUGCUGUCGGACAACAAGUAUAUUUUGCUGGCGAAGAGUCUGAUAUCUGCAUGCGUCAAUGCUGCGGCUCUGCACGAGGUUUUGUGAUACACAUAUCUGAUAAUAUGGGACAAGAAGUUAUGAGGAUAACUAGAGAAUUCAAAUGUUUUGCUGGAUGCUGUUGGUGCGCCAAUACCGAACAUUGUGCUUUUGAAGUAACAGUUGAAGCCCCUGUGGGUUAAGUAAUUGGCAAAGUAAAACAGACUUGUAGUUUCUUCCGACCCCUGUUCGACAUUACCACCCCGGAUGAUAACGUUGUUUUCCGAAUCAAAGGACCAAUCUGUGUUUGUGAUGGUCCUUGCUGUAUGGAAGAUCAAACGUUUGAAGUUUUCGAUCACAGUGAAACGAACCAAAUAGGAACGAUCAGUAAACAAUAUGCUGGUUUUGUCAAUGAAAUGUUCACGAACGCAGACAAUUUUGGAGUUACAUUUCCAAUGGAUUUAGAUGUCAAAAUGAAAGCA